CCCCCCCCCCCCCCCCCACAUCCGCAUCCACAUCAAAGCUAAGAAACGAAAAAAGAAAACAGAGUAUGUCGCAAAUCGCCAUCAUCGGCCUCGGCACCGUCGGGGCCUCCACAGCCCUAUCCCUCAUCCACCAACGCACCCCGGCCACCCUCCUCCUCGUAGACACCAAAUCCACCCUCCGCGAUGCACAGGCGCGCGAUCUCGCUGACGCCGCUCUCAUAUCAAUGACGAAGUCAAUAAGAGCAAUGGGUAUGGGUAUGUGGUUGGGGUGAGGGGGGAAGGGGAGGUUGUUCUGUGGUCGAGUGUAUAUGGGUCUGAUGGUCGGGAAGAUGGGGGGGUGGGUGUUGGGGUCCGGAAGCGGAUUGAAGUGGAGAAUGAGAUCAAAGGGCGGAGUCGGGCGAUUGUGCUGGGGAAAGGAAGGGCGGAGUGGGGGAUCGGAGGGUCGUGAGGACGGUGAGUUGUUGGAGGGAG